CGGAGGACUGCUCGAGGGCUCCGACGGCAGGUAUAACUGCCGACAGUAGUUGCGUCGGCAAAGCAGUGCUCAACCAUGGACGGCGCCGCGACCCACUGCCUCACGUCGCGACCACUACACCCCGCAGCGCCGAGGCGCCACCCACCCAAGCGGCAGCGCAGCACCGUCGAAGGCUUCCUCGAGGCGUCGGCCACGGCGUUUUUCGUGCUGGGCCUGCCCGUCGUCGCCGCGGCAAUAGCGCUCGCCGGCGCGCGCUACGUGCCGGAGACGCGGCGCCGCGAGCUGCUCGCGGCCCUCCUCGUGCACGGCGCGUCGACGGGCCUCGUGGCGCUGCCGCUCGCCGUCUGCGGCCUCCACGGCUACCAUAGGAGGACCGGCGCGCUCCACCAGCUGUGCGCGACGCACUUGGUGUGGAACGCGCACCUCGUCGCGCCGGGCCUCUCGUUCUACCCCUUCCUCGUCGAGAGUUUCUUGUUGAGGAGCGACCCGGGCACGCACGCGGGCGUGCUGCGCGACACGGCGCAGUAUUUUGUCUGGUGCUGCGCGCCGCUGGUCUUGGCGACGGGCGCGGUCAAGGGCGUUGCGACGCGGCGGCGCGAGCGCUUCGGCUGGCGGCACCGCGCUGGAUUGGGCGGCGCGUGCUUCGGGGUCUUCGCGGUGUACGUCUGGACGCAGCGCUCUUCGGCGUCGCUGCCGGCGACGCUCGCGGCGUCGAUGGCCUUCUACCUCUACGCGGCGGCCUCCUACCUGCCCCCCCAGCCGGAAGCGGACGGGCCGGAGAUCACGGGCGCGCGCGAGUGGCCGGCGCUGCGGGUCUGGCUGAAGCCGUUUCUGCUCGACGCGGUCGAGGCCUACCUAGGAUUGGAGGUCGUGCGGGACGCGCCGGCGCCGCGGCGUUCCGUGGAUGCGGCGGCGUUGCAGCGCUUGGAGCGGGCCGCGGCGGCUACAAGGGAGGCGAUAAAUGAAGUAACUCCGCUCGCGCCGACGGCCGAAAUUAGGAGAGCGGUGCGGGAUCUGAGUCGGGCGGCGGCGACCUUGGAUGGCCUCGCGGCGAGCGAAGAACGGGGCGAGCGCCACGCGCUGCGCGAGGGCGAGGCGUGCUUGGUGGGGUUUCAUCCGCACGGCGUCGUGCCCUUCGACGCGGCGCUGGCCACGUUGCGGUGGCCCUGCGGGAAAGCGGUCGUCUGCACGGACGCCUUCACGCACGUCAUCCCCUGGAUGCGGGACCUGGGCCAGUGGCUCGGCGCGCGCGAAGUUACGAGGGAAGCGAUCGGCUUGUCGUUGCGGAGCGGCGCGUCGGUCGUGCUCGUGCCGGGCGGCCAGGCCGAGCUCUUCGCGACGUCAUCAUACUCAAAGCAGGUGCGCAUCUAUCGGGGCCACCGCGGCUUUGUGCGGGUCGCGCUGCAGCACCGCGCGCGCCUGGUGCCGGCCUUUUCGUUUGGGGAAUGGGAGCUCAUGGACAACGUAUCAAUGGAGGGCAUGCAGCGGUGGACGCGGUCGUGGCUGGGCUUCCCCGUGCCGUUCUGGCCGUACGGGCGCUGGGGCCUGCCGUUGCCGCGGCGGCCGCCGCGCGGCGUGCGCGUGGUCGUGGGCCGGCCCGUGGACCUGCCCGUCGACGGCGCCGUCGACGAGGCGGCGGUCGAGGCGUGCCACCGGGCCUACUUCGAGGCGCUCUUCGAUCUGUUCGAGCGCCACAAGGAGCGGGCGGGCUACGGCGACCACGAGCUGGUGUUUUUUGAUUCGGCGCUCGACGCCGUGAAGAAGAAGAGUGUGUGAUAGUUGGUUGUAUAUAUAAG